AUGUACAUUAACGAAGUCGUCCUUGGUACCGCGUUCGGCGUCCUCAUGGGGCCCCAUGUAGCGAACAUAUUUGACCCUCGUUCUUGGGGAUCGCAUGAGCGGACCAUCACCCUUGAGGUGACCCGAAUUGUUUUAGCCACCGGCCUGUUCGCGAUUGGGGUCGAACUGCCACGGAAUUACAUGGCAAAGCAUGCCAAAGGUUUACUAAUCAUGGUUGUGCCUACGAUGGCAUUCGGCUGGGUUGUGGUAGCCGGGAUAUUGCGCGCUCUGAUGCCGCAUCUGAGCUACAUCUCUUGUCUUGCCAUAUCAGCGUGUUUGACGCCCACGGAUCCGAUCAUCUGUGCCGCUAUAGUGGGCGAGCAAGACUCCAACAUUAUUCGUGGCAAGUUCGCGGUGAAACAUGUCCCGCAAAAUCUGCGGCGCAUCCUAUCAGCCGAGUCCGCGGCGAACGAUGGCCUUGCGUAUCCUUUCAUCAGCAUCUCGUUAUACCUCACAUUGGAGACGUCCAGAGCUGUCGCGAUUGAGAAAUGGAUCCUGGUGGGCUGGUUAUAUCAGGUUGUCCUCGGAACAUUGAUCGGCGCCGUGAUUGGGAUUGCAUUUUCGAACCUCAUGAAGUUUACCCAUCGCAAAGGCUUCAUUGACCGCGAAUCAUAUGUUGCCCAGUACCUUGCGCUGGCCUUCCUCACCGUCGGCGUUUGCAGCACCCUCGGCGUCGACGAUCUGCUCGCAGCCUUUGCAGCUGGAUCGGCGAUAUCUUGGGAUGGGCAUUUCAACAUCCAGAUUGAAAACGAAGUGUUCUCCUCCGUCAUUGACCUCGUCCUCAAUUGUGCCUGCUUUGUUUACAUUGGCGCGUGGCUCCCGUUCGACAGUUUUCAUGUCCCCGAUCUUGGCUUAGAGCCGUGGAGACUCGUAAUCUUGGUCAUCGCCAUAAUGAUAACGCGGCGAAUCCCCAGCAUGCUGCUUCUGUAUCGGUUCAUUCCAGAGAUCACAACGUGGAGAGAGGCAUUGUUCUCCGGGCACUUCGGUACGCCCAUCUCAUUUGUUGGCGCAAUCUUUAUAUCUACUCUCGCUCUCAUCAGACUGCCUGAAGCACAGGACCCCCCUCAGAACCAACAGGAGUUGCUCGCAGCGACCUUGCAACCGGUUGUAUCCUUCGUGGUUCUGGCGUCUAUCUUGAUCCAUGGCCUCUCUAUACCUUUCUUCACAGUCGGGCGCAAGGUUCACUCUCGCACUGUGUCGUUGUCUCACACUUUGACAUCACGUCAAAACACUGCGUUAGCCCCGGAAUGGCUGUUGGGCGUGCGUCGAGCCGCACCUAUAAACACCAGCUUCAGCCAACCUCAAGUGGAGAGUGGCACCAUAGAGCAGUCGGACGGUGACAGGCUCGAAGCUCGUGCGCACUACUUCCAUCAAGAGGCGUCCACGCAUACAUCCGAGGAGAGCGUACCCGUUCUCAGGGGCGAAGACGUUGGCAUGGGACUGCCGAGCUGGGCAGCUGCUGGAGAAGCCAGCAUGGUUCUUGAAGAUGCUACCUCGCGAAGCGAGAGGCUGUCUGACGAGCAAAAGGUGCGUUCGAGAUCGAAUAGAGGACGCGUCUGA